AUGUUUGCCGCGGCCCGACAGGGCCUCGGCCGAGUCGCCCAGGCCGCCAGGCCAAGGACGGUGCCGGCGAGGCGGCACAUGAGCGCCGAUGUACGACACAGCGAGCCAAUCAACCUUUUGGGCCGCGCCGCGCCCCCCGCGGCCCCGCCCGGCCGGUCCGGCUUGCCACUACCCAACGGCAGCGGUGGGCAAAAAUUCACGCAAAAAACCGGCUUCGCGCGGCCGCACGAGCGUCCCGAGACCGAACGCAGCAGUCGCCCCAAAACUGCACACACACCGCACACCACAGUUGCCCGACGCCGUCGACCCACCGCAGGUGUACGUCAUCGGCGGCAAAGAGUUCAGCACCGAACAAGUAGUGGGCCUCGUCUUCGGCUUCUACUGCGUCCUCGGCUUCCUCGGCACGCGCGGCGGCUCGAAGAAGGAGGAGCCGAAGGUGGCCGAGAGCGCGCCGGCCGCGAGCGGCAGCGUCGUGUCCAUGCUCGACGACGGCUUCGAGGCCUGGGCGGCCAACCCGUCCAACAUGAAGAAGUGGGAAGACAGCAUCGCCGAGAUGAAGUAG